ACGAAAAGCCCCAACGUGUGACGUUUCAACCAAGAGGGAAGAAAAUAUCCAUUUAUCUCAGUGAUUUACCUUUUUUCCAGUCUAAUUAUUUAUCUCUUGGAUUGAUUGAAUAUUAAUUAAAUCCUCUUUACUCAGACAGACUUGUAUAUAACGUAUUAAAUAUAGCUUUCCUUUUGAACACUAAAUAUUUGAAUGGCUGGGGAGACAUCACAUGGAGUCGGAGUGUUUUUAGAGCUGAGGAAAAGGCUUCAGACUGGGCUUCUUGUUGUCGGGACAAAUGUGGCCAAAAGUCCUGCAGAUGUUGUCCUCUCAGGCGGAGACUCCUCUCUGUGUGUCCGGACUCCAAGAGGAGAUCUGUGCUUGUCGCUACCAGCAGGGGUCGCCUAUGAGAGCGGGUCCUGCCUUCACACACCUGUGGUCCAAUUCAGUGAGGAGGAGCUGCAUUUCAGGCUACGAAUAAAGAUGGAUCGAAUCCAACAAGAGGAUCCUGCCAGCAUGAUGGAGACUCUUCGAACGAAAGAGACGUACAGCUUCCACUGCCAGGGCUGCACCACCAGGCUGCUGGAGGACAGAGUGUUUAAGCGAGUCCUUCCUCUCCCCAAUGGUAACUGGAACGCCCUCGUGGACGACUGGUGCUGCCACCCAGAUCCGUUCGCCAAGAAGCUGCUGCCCCGAGCGGAGGAUUGUCUGCUGGGGGACACCUUUGUCCUGCUGGCACGUGACGGCAGCUGUGACCAGACCCUGAUAGAAGAAGUGAGUCCUGUUGGUGCCGCUGACAGUCAGGAUCAAAAGAAACCGUGUCACCGCUUGGCCCUUAUCUCCUGUGCGAGUUGUUCGUUAGUACUGGGAGAGGCUGUUGCACCAGGAACGUUGAAGCUAUACAUCACCCAGGUGGUGGUGGAGCCCGCUGUGGGAGAUGAAAGGCCAGACGCUUCGCUGAACAGAUCUGCCUUCCUGGAGACGAGCGUUGCAGCCAGGCUGCUGAAUCUGUCCAACUCUCUGAGCUCGUUCCACUUCUCCGUUCAGACGCCUGGUGGGAAAGUCUUCUUACUGCUCUGGCUGCUGAACGGCGACUCCAUCAUAGCCUCCGUCCCCGAAAAGUCAGUUGGAGAUGAGAGCUCCAUCAGCCCCCCUGCUCCUCCUCGUCCAUCUCUCAGAGCCACCAGAGCCCUGAAGCUUCUCUACAUCAGCUGCUCCAGCGCCAGCAUCCAGCAGAGAGAGAUUGUGACGAGUUGGGAGGCCAACUGCAUCGGACACCCUGUGGUCCUUCCCAUGAAGGCGUGCGAGGAGCUGCUGCAGGUGAUGGAAGAAAGCAACUCCAAGCUUCCUGCAUCCAUGCGCCGCAUGAGGUCUUACGAGGUGGCGUACCUGAGAUUGACAUCUGAGGGGGAGUCCAAACCUUUCUGUCUGUGAAAAGGAGACAGCGUCCCGCUACAAAGGAACUUCUCAACCUUUUUUUUUUUCUGGCAACAGAUCCAUCUUAGUGUGCAAUGUCAAAAGAAUGUGAUACCUGGAGCUUGAAGUGGUUUUCAUGCUGGGACAUGAUGCCGCCAGGAAGUUAGCCCUGGAAAUGUUACACUUUAAAGACUGAGCGUUUUUUCUAGGGUUGUACAUUUCACUGUAAUGAUUGAUAAAUUUUGAUGUGUUUGUACUAUAACUACCCACAUUUUUUUUCAACUAAAU